CAGGAUUAGACGUGUCACGUCAUCUCCGAAUGUCGAGUGAAUAAUUAAGUGAAGUUCAGUGAUUUUUUAUGGGAAAGAUGUUCGAAGCCCGCAGUGGUACUUCGUCCCCCGUAUACGGGCAGCUCACCCCAAAUUCCUCUCCCGACUACGAAGGGUAUGGUCAGACUAGGUUGAUGGACCUGACCAAUUCGGCAGAUAAAUACUUACCGGCUGUUUUACCUCACAAUGACUCUCAUAGUGCCUUCAACCCAUACGCGUACCACCAACAGAACGACCUCAAAAUGUUCCAGAACGAUAACCUGAGGUAUUACGAGGAGUUCACAGAAAGGAGGCUCCCUUCUCCUGCUUACACAGACAGAAACCAGGCCUACGAGUACUCAGACACCUCCUUCAUCAAGGUCGAGCCCAUUGAGGAGACCGCAGUGCUGAAAACGAGAAACAUCGGCAGGAAGAGGAAGAGUUUAGAAUCGGAUGACGAAAACUCCUUCGGGAAGACUAAAGCUAGGCGGAAAUCCCCGCAGAGCUUUGAGGACCUGCAGACACAAAGGAUCAUGGCCAACGUGCGCGAGAGACAAAGGACGCAAAGCUUGAACGAGGCCUUUGCCAGCUUAAGGAAGAGCAUUCCGACGCUACCGUCGGAUAAGUUGUCAAAAAUACAGACGCUCAAGCUUGCGGCUAGGUAUAUAGACUUUUUGUACCACGUCUUGUCGACGUCUUCUCCGAACAAUCCCGGUGAAAGUGACGUUUUGGGAAACGUUUGUUCUUAUACGGCCCACGAGAAGUUGUCCAGGGCGUUCAGCAUGUGGAGGAUGGAAGGGGACUGGAAUACCCUCGAAUGAGGGGUUAGUUGGUAGGAUUAUUUGUGUAUAUAUUUUCUGAGGGAGCGCUGGUUGUUGCAAUAUUAACUUAAGGGAUUUUGUAGGUCCUGGAGAAUGUUUGUGAUUGAUUUUUAUAACGAGAGUUUUGCGAUUAGGAAUGGUCACUUGAUGCUGACUUUAUUCGUAUUUGACUUUAUUUUUGCUGAUUUUUCGUUGAUUUGACGUUGAGGUUGCUCUAAGAAAAAAUAGUCCAGGAGAAAAUACGUCCGUAUGAUAAUUAAGUUGAUUAGUAUAUCUUUUGUGACAAAUUUUGUGUCCACCUUCAUAUUUUAGAGCUUACAUUAUUUUUCCAAACCGUCCAAUUCACCAUAAUUUUUUCAAAAUGAAAUGUAAACUAGGGGUACUGCUUUUUCGAUAUAUUUCGUCAAAAAGUGUAGGCAUUUUUUAGUUGCUGCCGCCAUUUCUUAAAUAGAUUUAUGUACACAUAUUAUUUUCUGAGAGCAAUGAAUAAAUGUCACCAAAAGUAACUAUUUCUCGUAGUUAACACAGAUUUAUAUCAGAGUAAUUCAAAAAUAUCAAACAAUAGAGUGAUAGUGAUUAAAAAAACAGAUAAUGAUGGUAAUGAUGAUUUUAAUUAUUUGAAUUCAUGUUCAUUUUCUUUUUGAAACCACUUUUGAAUUGAAAACGCUUCUUCUAUUUUUUAUUUUACCAUCUUUCUUUCAACUGUCCAGAUCCAGAACAAAUUUUGUUGAGUUAAACCAUUGUUAAGACAUUUCGGUACAUUUUGAAUGAUAAAAAGUGAAUGUUUUUCCAGCCAUUUCAAGACAGUUCAUAUAAAUUUGAAGGUGAAGAAAAUCUUUAUUAAUUUUGAUUUCACAAAACAAUGUUGUUUUAUUUAUUGUCACUGAAACAUCAAAUAUUAAAGAUAUUCAUGAAUUGAGUUAACAAGAAACAAAGGAAAUGAUAAAUUAAUAUGUUGAUGUUAUUAAUUGUUUAUCAGAAAGUUCAUGAGUCCUGAAAAUAAAGUUUGCGUCCAUCGGAAGAAUUGUAACAUGGGUUUUCAAUUCAAUUUUCUUUCGCUAAGUGUUAUGGUGAUUAUACUGAGUUUGGAAUUUGCAAGGCAUGAAAUUAUUGUCAACAAUGGAAAGAAAAAAAUCAGAUAUUAAAAAAUAUAACCUUUUUCAUUCAAAUAUUCAAAAGUUGAGCUCGUUCGGUAAAGUUAAUAUAAAUUAGAACCCCCAUUAUCCUGAAAUAUGUUGGAAUUAGUCCCAGGUAAACAUGCCUUGGUAUUCAAUGAGGAAUUUCCUAAUUAGCCUUCAAUUGAAUGAAUAUAAAUAAGCCGACGCUUUGUUGAGAAGCGCAAACUAAUAUAAAGAUGGGUUUUUACUUUUUUUUAUCUAAUACACAAUAUUGAUGGUUGAAAUAAAUGAAACUGAUAGAAAGAAUGAAUGUUAGGAAAACUGCAGAAUAAAUUGAAAAAGUCAGGAUACUAGCUGAAAAUUUAAAAAAUAAACAAUUUUCACAGUUCUUUUCCGUCUCUAUUCUUCAUUCAUUUUCAAAAUAAGAUUUGUUCCUUUACUUUUACAUUUUUCAGUCAAAGGAUUCAAGUAUCCUAAUUGUUUAAUAAUACAAGUUCAAACUCCUGAGAUUCAAUGAAAAAUUUAUACUAUUUUUUUAUUUUCAUUAUUAAGAUUCUUCUGGCCUCAAUAUCUAAUAGUAUGCUUAUUUGUAAUUUUUUUAUGUUUGUUCAUGAAUAAUGGCUAAGAGAAUCAAUAGAAUAAUGUCUAUUUUGGGAAAAUCGAACAUAAAAAAAAUUUCAUGGUUAAGUUUCUCCACAGUUUGUCUGCUACUAUUACGGGUUAUGAAUUUCGAUUUUACAAAACUUUCAGGAAAGAUAAAAUGGUGGAUUCAAUAUGACUGUUUAUAUACAAUAUUUUUCCGAUUUCCUUCAUUAUUCAAAGGAGUCAAUAUUUGACCUAAAAGUUGUUUUUGGCCGAUUUCCUUCAAAAUUACCAUCUAAGUUUUCUAGGUUAUCAAUUUAUUGAGAAAUUAAACAAAUGCGGCGCACACACUACUACCACAAUACAAUAUUUCAAUCUUUUUUUUACACAUUUCAUAGAACAGAUUGGAAGUCGACUCAGUUUUUUGUUCAAACUCAAUGUAAUGUUUUUUUCGAUUCCUGUAAAGAAUAAGGAAGUAUGGUUUAAUGUUCAGUUUAUGUUUCAGAACUGUAUACCUACCAAAAAUGUUAUACUUCUUCCAAACAAUAUAUAUUGUGGAAAUUGUACUUAUUCCGGACAACAUUAGAAAAAAUACAUUAGGAUGAAUGUCUUUUCAAAGAAAUGUAGUGUUGAGUUUUUAGCUACAAGAAAAGUAUAUAUUCUGAGUAAUUUAGCAUUAUGAACACCUUCAUGAAAAGCAAAUUUUUGCCAGACAUCAAUUACUCUGAUAAUUUGUAGAGAAGUUGUAUACUUUCUUUGAAAAACAUUUCAUCUUAUGGACAUAAUAUUUUUAAAUUUUAAACUGAACUUUUCCUAUGAAUCUAUAAUUGGAUGUUGAUUUAUCAGUUAAUUACUUUUUCUUGAAAAUGAAAUUAUCAACAGGAAUAUCUUUCAUUGUUAAAAAGCAGUAUCUUGAUUGGUAAUAUUUUCUGUUUAUUUAUGAAAGGUUGAAUAAUAUAUGCUACUAUAGUAUACUAUAGUGUAGAUAUCUAUACUUUUUGCACUUCAUGCACUAAAAACCAUUAUAUCCUUUCAACUUUUUUCAUCUUCAGAUUAAUUCAAAUUUUGACAAUACUUUGAAGUGGAAAAGCUGAAUAAUCCUGGUAUUUCUGUUCCAUUAUGGUUUCUUUACCUCAAAGUUUCUAAAUAAAAUUAUUUGUAGUUUCAUUAGGAAAAUUCAAAAACCAUGAAAUUCAUUAGUUCACUCACAUCCUCAUAUAAAUCACUGAUACGUUAUUUUUACUGUUAUCUUACUGAAAACUAAUUCAGAAAAACUAAUCUGAAUGAAUAACGUCAUGUAGAUGCAGAGUUUAUUUUUUUCUUUGACGAAAGUGUCCCUAUAGUUAGUUUCACGGUAUUUCAUCCUGAUUUAUAAUACUUUGUUUGAAAUUCUAAAUGUCAUUGUAUUGGCGACUUUAUCGAUGAAAACUGUUUUUAACUCGUAAUUAUAAGAAUGAAGAGUUUGGAGAGCAAUUGACGAUCAGAAUGAAUUCUUCGAACUCACUAUAUAUAGAAAUUAGGAUAAAUAUUGAAACAGUUUUACCUUUUAUUCAUAAUGAAAGACAUAUCUCUCAACAAAAAACACAUAUUUUGCUGUUCUCUGUAGAAAAAACAAGUUUUGGAAGACAAAUUCCUUCUUCAAACCUUUUUGUACUCGCAGUAACUUAUCAUGUUCAAAUAUUUUUCGAUUUCGAGCGAAUUUUUGUAGUUGAGCCUCUUGGCGCUCAGCUGGUGGUAAAUUUUUUAGUCAUCGGUAAUCUUUUAGGACGAGGAUCGCAUUACUCAGAAAAAAAGCCAUUUGGUUAAGCGUCAUAGUGUUAAUAUGAUAUUAUGAGAAACGACCAUGAGCAGCUGUUGUAUUUUUUCCGAUUCGGAGAUACAUGGACGUAAAAAACAGUUUAUGGUCGAGUUUUUGUAUUUUUAGGUAUGGGAGCAUCUCCCAU